AUGACUGACUUCUUCUUGCAGGACUUGCUCUUCACAGAUGCUACAUGUCUUGCAUGUCCGUUCAGCAAAGGCUGCUCCCCAGGAGAGCAGCACAGCAUGAUGUGUCGACCCGCAGACGUCUUCAACAGGGGGUCAAAGUCUUACUAUGGCAUCCUGUCCGUGCUCUCGCUGUCCUCCGAGUGCACCUCGCUGGCAACGGAGCUGCCCAAGGUCUCCUACGUGAAGGCCAUCGACAUCUGGCUCAUCGCCUGCCUGCUGUUUGGCUUCGCCUCGCUGGUAGAGUACGCCGUGGUCCAAGUUAUGCUCAACAGCCCCAAGCGCAUCGAGGCGGAGAAGGCCAAGAUAGCUGCCAAGGAGAAGGCCAUGGGAAAGAGUGCCGCCGCCGUUGCUGCUGUUACCACCACCUCCACCGGCACCAUCAACACCACCACCAGGAACAACACGGUCAACGGGACCGGAGGGACGCCGCUCCACGUCAGCACCUUGCAUGUGGCAGAGACCCGCUGCAAGAAGGUGUGCACCUCCAAGUCGGACCUGCGCACCAACGACUUCAGCAUCGUGGGCUCGCUCCCGCGGGACUUUGAGCUGUCGAACUUUGACUGCUACGGCAAGCCCAUCGAGACCAGGGGUGGCGCCGGGAAGUCCCAAGCCAAGAACAACAAGAAGCCCCCUCCCCCGAAGCCCGUCAUCCCCUCGGCCGCCAAGAGGGUCGACCUGUACGCGCGGGCCCUCUUCCCCUUCACCUUCCUCUUCUUCAACGUCAUCUACUGGUCCGUGUACUUGUGAUCCUCUUUAAUCACCCCCAAAAAUCGGUGCUUCCUUGAAUCGAGCCCAGCGUGUUCAUCCUUCCAUCCAAAUUGAGUGCUGCAAUGAAGCUAAACCUACUAUAUGAAUAUUUAUCUUUACAUAUUUAAUGUUAAUUAUCAUCAUUUGUGCAUUAGAUGACCAGCCAGCCUUUCUUUCCCUGAAAAUACGGAAUCCUAUAUUGACUGCACCGGAGAUGGCGUGUCAGCAAAUCAGGAAAGACAGACUAUCUAUUUGGCAGCGUUGCAGGAUGCACAGACGUAUAAAAGAGUAAAUGUAAAUAUCUAUUUAUGAUUCCACCGUUUAUUUGCCCACCGCUUUGAGGAGUUGCGGAAGUGGAACCUUGGCUUUACUUUGCAUGUUUUAGCAAGGGAACGCAUGCAUGCCAAGAUAUACAAGUAGACAUUACGAACGUUGAUUUCGGGUUCUUUUGACGGUCAUGUGACAAGGCCACGCCCCCCUCGCAGCUGCGAUGUUCACCCCCCCCCCAACCCAGUAAGUGAGGUCGUGAGCGCGUUUGUGAGAUUUGCAAGUAACGAUCAAUAAAAUAUUACUUUUCACCGUG